AUGGAAGUAAAUAAAGUCUCAAACAUACUACUUUUAUUCUUCCUUUGUGUAAGUAUCUUGAAUAGUAAGCCAUUUAAUACUAUACAAGAUAAAUUAUAUAGCAAUAACACAAAUUUAUGGAUAAAAGAUUUAGGAGACCCUCACUAUGGAACACACAAAUUAGUACGUAGUAAAUUAUUUGAUGAAGAUGAAAAGGAACGAUUUGAUGAAGUAGAUAUAGAAUGGAGUGGACGUGUAGUAGCUUUAGGUGAUGUACAUGGUGACUUUAAGUCUGUCUUUACUAUAUUAUAUUUAUCUGGUAUAAUUGACACAAACCUAAAUUGGAUUGCUAACAACACACUCCUGAUACAGAUGGGUGAUGUAGUUGAUAGAGGACAUCAUGGAUUAAGAAUUUAUAAAUUAUUUUACAACCUAAGUUUCAAAGCCUUGGAAAAGAAUAGUCGACUGAUCCAGCUAUUAGGAAAUCAUGAGGUGAUGAACCUUUGUGGGCAACUCCAAUAUGUUACUGAUGAAGAUUUUGAUUCAUAUGGAGGUAAGAUGAUGCGACAGUAUGAGUGGUCAAAACAUGGAUUUAUUGGAAAAUAUUUGAGAAAUCUUAAUAUUGUUAUGAAAGUAAAUGAUACAAUUUAUGUACAUGCUGGUUUAGUUCCAAAAUAUGCUAGAAUGGGCUUAAAAGAAAUUGCAAAGUUAGCGCAUGAAUUAUUAAAACAUUCUAUUUGUGAUAUAUCUCCCAAUUCUUUAUUUUAUGAUGAAGAUGGACCUUUGUGGACAAGAAAUAUAGCGAUAGGAUCACAUGACCAUUCAUGCAAGCUCUUAGAGGAGAGUCUUAAAUAUUUAAAUGCAAAGCGAAUGGUUAUUGGUCAUACAAUUCAACCUAAUGGUAGGAUUAAUGUUAGAUGCAAUCAACAACUUUUCCUUGUUGACACUGGAAUUUCUGAUGCUAUUAUGGGUAAACCUACAUUGUUAGAAUUGAUGUAUAGCAGUGAAGAUCAAGAUAUUGAUAAAAAGAUAACAGACUUUAAGGGGAAGGAGCCAUUUUCAAUUAAUGAACUUUUAGUAAAGGAAAAAAUUAUUGAAGGGGAAAGAAAAGUAAAAUAUAUUGAAAUUAAUAACAUUUUAAAUUCAUUAAUCAAAGUUAAUGAUAAUUGUGAUGAACUCUAA